CUUCUACUUGAUCAUUCUUUGAAAAUGUAUGUCGCAAAUGACAAUGAGUAAGAAGCUUUAGGCCUUUUUGUCUUUUGUUUAGGGCUUUCAAAACAGUCUAAAACGCAGAGUUUUAUUAAGGACUUCCUCUUCACUGUUUACAAAAAAAACACUCUUUAGGUUUAGGUUUUUCGUGUUUUCAGAUCCUCCCCUUGUAGCGCCGCUCUUCUGUUCAGUCAAGUUCUUCAAUGGCACCGAAGAAGGAUAAAGUUCCACCACCGUCCUCAAAGCCCGCCAAAUCCGGCGGCGGAAAGCAGAAGAAGAAGAAGUGGAGCAAGGGAAAGCAAAAGGAAAAGGUGAACAACAUGGUUCUCUUCGAUCAAGCUACUUACGACAAGCUUCUCUCCGAAGCUCCCAAGUUCAAACUCAUCACUCCUUCCAUCCUCUCCGACCGUCUUCGGAUCAAUGGGUCACUUGCUAGGAAGGCCAUUAGAGAUUUGAUGGCUAAAGGAACCAUCAGGAUGGUCUCUACUCACUCUAGCCAGCAGAUUUACACUAGGGCCACCCACAACUAAGUUUCUCGUUUCAUUUUGUGUGUUUCCUCUCUCUCUUUUGUCUCAAGUCUUUGACUCGAUGUUUAGAUGUUGAAUCUUUUCCCUUCAAUCAAGAUUUUCAAGAAUGGAGUUUUUAA